AUGAUCCGGCUGGGCGGCUGGUGCGUGCGGCGGCCCCGCGGCGCUCCGGGGCGGCCGGGCGGCCGGCGCGAGGCGUGCGGGGGCCCGGCGGGCCGCCGCGCCCUGCGGGUCGCGCUGGACAUGGACGGCGUGCUGGCCGACUUCGAGGGCGGCUUCCUGAGGAAGUUCCGCGCGCGCUUCCCCGGGCUGCCCUUCAUCGCGCUGGAGGACCGGCGCGGCUUCUGGCUGUCGGAGCAGUACGGCCGCCUGCGGCCCGAGCUGAGCGAGAAGGCCAUCAGCAUAUGGGAGUCGGAGAAUUUUUUUUUGGACCUUGAUCCUCUUCCAGGGGCUGUUGAAGCAGUGAAGCAGAUGGCCAACCUAGAAAACACUCACAUCCUUAUCUGCACGAGCCCUAUCAAGAUGUACAAAUACUGUCCUUAUGAGAAGUAUGCCUGGGUGGAGAAGCACUUAGGCACAGACUUUCUGGAACACAUCGUGCUGACCAGAGACAAAACCGUGGUCUCCGCUGACCUUCUCAUCGAUGACCGGCCAGACAUCACAGGGGCCGAGCCCAACCCCAGCUGGGAGCACAUCCUCUUCACAUCCUGCCACAACCGCCAUGUGCAGCUGCAGCCCCCCAACCGCCGGCUGCAGUCCUGGGCUGAUGACUGGAGGACCAUCCUGGAUAGCAAGCGGCUCCGCUGAGUGGACUCUGGCCUUCGACAGGCCCCUGGCCUCAGGGCUCCUGCACAGGGUGGAUGGCGCCCUCUCGCAUCUCAAACCGUGGGAAGCCUUAUGCUGCUGCUCUUGGAGUAAGGCUGUCCGGCAUCCUGGACUUGUAGCAGGCUGUCCAAGGCUUGGGGCCGCAGCCGGGAGUACUGAGGAUGUUGUCGGAGGCCCAGCAGCACUCCGGCCAGCCGCUCAGGGAGGUCCCUGCCUGGGUCUGCAGCCCAUUAGCAUUGGCUUGGGGUCUGCAAGGAAGGCAGCUGCCAGAUUGGUCCUUAGGUGGCAUGCAGCAGGAACAGAUGGGAAUGAGUCCCUACUUUUCUAACCCGGAACCCUGCUCCCUGCCUUCCACUCUGCCCAGGACAACCACAGUGUGAACUUGAAAUAGGAAUAAUAAAUGAUGUUACUGGGCUGA